ACCCUAAAUUCACUUUCACAUUAUCUCAUCCAAACUUUCUCAAACCAUUGUUACCCUAAAUAUUCCUACAACUUCUUCAACGCGCGCUUCGAUUCCCUUAACAAUUUCGCAAUAAAUAGAAUCGAUUAUUUCAAAAUCGAUUCUAAUUUUACGCUGCCGCGAGAAAGAAGAGGAAGAGAUUUUUGAGAUUCUCGUCUCAAGCUUCUUCCAUCGUCGUUGAUCAGAGAGGUUUUCCAGAUUCUCAGAUUGAUCUUUGUUCUUCCUUGAAGAUCCAAUUUCAUCGCUAAACCCUAAUUGUUGCUGUGGCGUAUUGUGGAUUCUCGCUUUGCUGAAUUUGGAUUUGAUUGUUCGAUGUUGUUGCUGUGAAGAUCUUCGGAAGGAAUCUGAAUUCGCUGGUUCAAGACUCCUUGUGAAGAAUUCUAGAAUUGUUCUCAUUGUUGUGUUGGUUCGAUUUGUUCGAUCUUUAUCUUAGAAAUUUGCAAUUGAUAGAAAAAAAAGCAAAAAGAAAAAAAAUAUAGAGAAAAAAAAUACUGUACUGUUUGAUUUGUUUUGAGAUUCAAUAGCAAGGGUUUUCAUUAUUUUUAUUUUUUGUUGUUGUUCACAAUUUGAUUAUCUGUGUUAAUUGAAAGAGUAAUUUACCAUGGCGGUGUAUUAUAAAUUUAAGAGUGCAAAAGAUUAUGAUUCAAUUCCUAUGGACGGUCCUUUCAUCUCUGUUGGUACUUUGAAACAAAAUAUUUUUGUAUCCAAGCAUUUAGGAAGGGGUACCGAUUUUGACCUACUGGUCACCAACGCCCAGACCAACGAAGAAUACAUCGAUGAAGAAACGUUGAUUCCUAAAAAUACAUCAGUGUUAAUUCGACGGGUUCCAGGACGGCCACGCUUACCAAUUGUCACUGAACUACAACAAGAAGUGGAAAAUAAGGUGGUGGAAACUGAACCUGAGAACAGUAGCUUACCGGCAGAUGAUACAUCUGCCAUGAAAUAUCCCGAAAAUUUGGAUUGGGAUGAAUUUGGCAAUGAUUUAUAUUCAAUACCCGAUCAACUGCCUGUUCAAUCGAGCAACAUGAUUCCAGAGGCUACUCCAACUAACAAAGAUGAUGAAGACAGUAAGAUUAAGGCCUUGAUUGCUACUCCAGCUUUGGAUUGGCAACAUCAAGGUUCAGACUUUGGCGCUGGUAGAGGUUUUCGAAGGGGCAUGGGCGGACGGAUGGCGGGUGGACGUGGUUUUGGGUUGGAGCGGAAAACACCUCCAGAAGGCUAUGUAUGCCAUAGAUGCAAAGUGCCUGGACAUUUCAUUCAGCAUUGCCCUACAAAUGGUGAUUCAACUUUUGACAUAAAAAAAGUCAGGCAACCUACUGGUAUUCCUAGAUCUAUGCUGAUGGUAAAUCCACAAGGUUCCUAUGCUUUACUAAAUGGUUCAGUAGCUGUUUUGAAACCAAAUGAGGCUGCUUUCGAUAAAGAAAUGGAAGGGUUGUCAUCUACACGUUCAGUUGGUGAUCUACCACCCGAGCUCCACUGCCCCUUGUGCAAUAAUGUCAUGAAAGAUGCUGUAUUGACAAGCAAAUGUUGUUUUAAAAGCUUCUGUGACAAAUGUAUCAGGGAUUAUAUUAUGUCCAAGUCUGCUUGCGUAUGUCUUGCAACAAAUAUUCUUGCAGAUGAUCUUUUACCAAAUAAGACGCUUAGAGAAGCCAUCAAUCGCAUAUUGGAGACGGGCAAUAGCAGUACUGAAAAUGCUGGGAGCACUUAUCAAGUUCAAGAUAUGGAGUCUUCUCGCUGUUCACAGCCCAAGAUACCAUCUCCAACUUCAUCUGCAGCCUCCAAGGGAGAACCAAAGGUUUCAACUGUUAAUGAAGGAGUGACGAAUAUACAGGAAAUAGCUGAUGAGAGAAAGGCUGUCUCUGCUACACAGCAGGUAAUAGAGCAAGUAAAGAUCCCUAGAGCUGCUGAUAUAUCUGAAGCUACUCACGAGUCUAUGAGUGCAAAAGAACCAGCCUCACAAGGGAGUGCUAAACUGGUUGAUGAAGAAGUGCAGCAAAAGUUGGUCCCUACCGACGCAGGAAAGAAAAAGAAAAAGAAGAAAGUCCGCAUGCCGCCUGCAAAUGAUUUACAAUGGAAAACCCCACAGAACUUUGGCGGUGAGAACUAUAUGAUGCCAAUGGGCCCACCACCUCCUAGCUAUAAUAAUUCAUACUGGAAUGGCAUGCAACCUUGUAUGGAUGGAUUUAUGCCACCAUAUGGUGCUCCAAUGCAAAUGAUGGGUUAUGGUCUUGGUCCCUUUGACAUGCCAUUUGCAGGUGGUCUGCCUCAAGACCCAUUUGGCAUGCAAGGUUACAUGAUGCCUGUUGUUCCACCUCAGAGGGAUUUUGCCGACUUCAAUAUGGGGUUGAAUGUUCCACCUCCUGUUAUGAAUAUGAAUAGAGAGGAGUUUGAAGCUCGGAAAGCUAAUCUGAAGAGGAAGCAAGAAAAUGAGAGAUGGGGUGAAAGGGACUUCUCCAAAGAUAGAGAUUUUGGUAGGGAUGUGAGCAGUGUCGGGGAUGUAUCUUCGAUGAAAUCAAAAACAAAGUCAAAUCCACCACCGUCAUCAGGUGGCAAUUCCAUUUCCAAUCUUCAUCGUGAUCAUCAUCCCCGUCAGCGACAAUCACCAGAUCGAUCUAUGCAAGAGGCGGAGCCACCGCGGCCUCGCAAAUUGAAAUCAGACCACCAUUCCGAUCGCCACUACGAGCACGAGCGUGAGCGUGAGCAUCACAACCACCACAAUCAUCACCGAUCAGAAUCAUCCUCAUUCAGAAAAUCAUCUGAAUCAGCUGCAGUAGAUCGCAAGCAGAAGAACAGCAUCUUCUCCCGCAUAAGCUACCCACCUGAGGAGGAAGAAGCAGCUGCCAUUACUAAAAAGAGAAAGAACGCUUCAUCUUCUUCUUUCGCAACGGAAUCAGUAACAGCUAGUUUAUCAAACGGUGGUUAUUACGAAGUGAGAAAAAGCAGUGAUGAUUAUGAAGGUAGCGACGAUGAACGACAUUUCAAAAGAAGACGGUCGAGAUAUGAGUCUGUGGAUUCCAGAGAGAGGAAGCAUCAGCAUAGGUGAAGAAGAAAAAUAGAUUAUUCAUUACUACUUCUUUGUUUAAACUAAACACUUAUCUCUUUCAAUUAAAUAAAAUUGAAAGGAUUUUUCAGUGAAAUUUGCUGUCAAAUUUCAAUUAUUACUCCAUUGUAAUAUUCUUUUUUGACAAAAAUGUAAUACUGUAUUAUGUUUGUUUAAUUCCAAUUUAUGAUGAUCAUGUUUACUGUUUUUUGCUUCAAA